AUGACGAGUCCGCCUGUUCACAAUGACUUCUUCAAUACUGUCAUGAAUAAAGCUCAUAGCAUGAAAGUGCCUGCUCAAAACACGCAUGAUAGCUCUCUCGACAGCCAGGCAACUCAUAUACCAGAUGAUUCAAGCAUUCCGGCCAUCGACAUUGGAUGUCCGCUGGUGCCUAUCAGGGACGAGCCCAUAUUCAGUCGGGGUCGCAUCGUGCCCACAUCCAUCGACUCUCUUGUCAAUCACAGGCGUCCAAAUGCCAGUGUGUUACUCGACCCAAGCUUGACCUACGUUGAGGAAAUGGGACCGCCCCCCAGAAACCUCUUGGCGGAUAAGUACCGGACUGCCAGGUCUGUUGCGCUCGAGACUCUCCGCUCCCACGGCCAGCUUUACGACAAGACACCCUCCACCAGCGAUCUCGCCGACAGGUCCUUCAACCAGCCCGCGUUUCAAGAAGCCACGGCAGAGUUUGCUGAAUACGCAGUCAAGUGCAUGCCCGGCUACCUCCAGAACCCAUCCAGCCUGCGCACGAAGCGGGAGCGGGACGGAGACGAGGCGCUCGACAUUGCCCGGCCGCGCUCCCCCAAGCGCGUAUGCUCCGAACGUCCUCAUGUCGAGGUCGCGAGGCCAGCUUUAGCCAGUCGGGCGAAUGCAAUGCUCUCAGAAGAGUCUUUGAAGGAUCACCCUGCCCUGCGACUGCUCGGGGACGGGUGGCAUGACAUUCACUCCCAGAUAGCCGAAACCACGACAGAGACGCCCCGCGACGAGCAGCGCCAGGAUACGAUGUAUCAUUCGGCAUCGCGAAUCUUGUCGAGGAUUGCCAUGGAACAUCUCGGCUACAACGGCAGAACUGUGACUAACGCCUUGUCCCAUUACAUCCUCCAAAUGAGCCUGAUUGGGACCGCGACAUGUGGGAACAAUGUCCGCCCUGCCUGUGAUCGCUACUCGAGCGGCGACGCUGGUCACGGCUUCCUGCCUGCAAACCUGUACCGCUGGGGGCAGCGUGUAGAGGCGAGGCGGGAUGGAGGACAGGGCCGCGAGAGGAUCGGCUCAAAUUCUUCGACCCUUUUCCCCCAGCCCCUAAAAACGGAGACUGGGAAGGGCAGGAAAACGAGGGAGGGCGUUCGCGCUUCAGGGUCCGUGGCACUUCCAGCGGACACGGGGUCUCUACAUUCGUAG